AUGGAGGCCACCACCCAUGACCAAGUGUGGGGACAGGAUGACCUCCUCAAACUUCUGGAAUCAAUGAAAGUCGCUCUUCCUCUUAAAGAUGUUACAAAGUACAAGACAUCAGAGUCCCAUCUUGACUGGCAGAAGGUCGCGUUCAACUCUUACUCCGCAGAUAUGUGCCGACUGAAAUGGCUAGAAGUGUCUAAAGAGAUACGGAAAUUCAGGACCUUAACAGAGAUCAUUAUUGAUGCUCAAGAUUACAUAAAGAAUCCCUACAAGGGCAAGAAAUUAAAGAAACAUCCAGACUUUCCCAAAAAGCCUUUAACGCCGUACUUUCGCUUCUUCAUGGAGAAGCGAGCAAAGUAUGCAAAGUUGCACCCUGAAAUGAGUAACCUCGAUUUGACAAAAAUCCUCUCCAAGAAAUACAGGGAACUCCCAGAGAAAAAGAAGAAAAAGUAUGUGGACGAUUUUGUGAGGGACAAAGAAAUGUUUGGGCAGAGCAUGAUGCGGUUCAGGGAGGAUCAUCCAGAUCUGAUGGAAAAUGUGACGAAAAAAGCUUCAAAUGUCCCUGAAAAGCCCAAAACGCCUCAACAACUGUGGUACAACCAUGAGAAAAAGGCCUUACUUAAGACACACCCUGACGCAACCACCAAAGACAUAAAGGACAGUCUGGGGAAGCAGUGGACACAGUUGUCUGACAAGAAAAGGCUAAAGUGGAUCGCAAAGUCUCUGGAACAACACAAACUAUAUGAGGAAGUAAUGCGGGAGUACAUUCAGCAACACCCAGAGUUAAACAUGACUCAAGAGGAUAUCGUUAAAUCAACGCUGACGAAAGCCGAACGACACUUGAAAGACAAGUCCGAUGGUCGACCCGACAAACCACCGCCAAACGGGUACUCCAUGUUCUGUGCGGAGCUCAUGUCCAACAUGAAGGACGUUCCCAGUACUGAACGCAUGGUGAUGUGCAGCCAGCGCUGGAAGAUGCUCAAACAGGCCGAGAAAGACGCCUAUCAGAAGAGAUGUGAGCAGAGGAAAAAAGAGUUUGAAAUUGAGAUGCACCGGUUUCUAAAUUCAUUGCCAGAGGAGGAACAGCGGCGAGUAUUGGGUGAAGAUAAAGGAAUAAGGAGAGGAACUGGAGCCAGCAGCCCAGCAUCGAAAAGGAAGAGCAAGGCAAAGGUCGAUGCAGAGAAACCCAAAAGGCCCAUUUCAGCCAUGUUCAUCUUUUCUGAAGAGAAGCGUCCAAAACUACAGCAGGAGAGACCGGAUCUCGCAGACAGUGAAGUGACGAGGCUCCUGGCACGAAUGUGGAAUGAGCUUCCUGAUAAGAAGAAGGAGAAAUACAAACGCUUAGAAGCUGUUCUGAAAGCAGAGUCUGAAAAAGAGAAGAAUGUGGAUCGCAGUCGACUCCCGGAUCCUCCCAAAACGGCGCAGGACAUCUGGCAGCAAAGCGUCAUCGGGGAUUAUCUGGCCAGGUUCAAGAGUGACAGACCAAAGGCACAGAAAGCCAUGGAAGCAACUUGGAGUACAAUGGAGAAAAAGGAGAAAAUCAUGUGGAUCAAAAAAGCAGCAGAGGACCAGAAAAGAUAUGAGAGAGACCUGUGUGAAAUGCGUUCUCCGACCGCAGCUGCCAUCGCCUCAGGGAAAAAGAUGAAGUUUGAGGGUGAACCCAAAAAGCCCCCAUCAAACGGAUAUCAAAAGUUUUCUCAGGAAAUGCUUUCCAAUGGAGAGUUGAAUCAUCUCCCUAUGAAGGAGCGAAUGACUGAGAUCGGCAGCCGCUGGCAAAGGUUACCUCAGAAAGACAAAGACCGCUACAAAAAGAUAGCCGAAGAGAAGCAGAAACAAUACAAGGUCCUGCUUGAACAAUGGCUUGCGAGCUUGUCAUCACAGGAAAGGAAUACAUACAAGGAGUACAAUUCACAGAAACGCAAAUCCUCAGCAAAACCUGGUGCACCCAAACCCAAAUUCCAGAAAUCUCUGCCUCUAUGUCAGGAGUCCGAGGAUGAAGAUGACGAUGACGAUGAUGAUGAUGACGAUGAUCAGAAGGGCUCCUCUGACGCAGACUCCUCCAGUGACGAUGACGAUGAUGAUGAGGAUGACGAUGAUAGGGAUGAUGACGACGAUGACGAUGACAGCGACGAUGACGAUGAGGCAGAGGAUAAAGAGAACAAGUCUGAGGACAGCAGCAGUGAGUCCGGGUCAGAAUCCUCAGACUCGGACUCGGACUGA